UCUGUACUAUUAACCAAAGAGCAACAUAAAAUAAAGAUGGGUCAAGAAGUUGGACAAUAAGUGACGUUAUGAUAAAUAUAACAGAACACUAAUUUUCUUAUGAAUAAAAGUAAAUGCAUUUCUUGUGCAUAAUGGACAUUAAAGCAUAAUGAUCUCUAAAUAUUUUCUAUUUGUAUAAAUAAAGUAGUAUCAUGGUUGAGAUAUUGUAGCAAAUUUCAAUGUUUCAUCAAAACAAUGUCACAUUCAUCAUGCGUAUAUUGUUCAAUAUUUGUCGGAAUAGGUUUAAUGUGCAGAUAGAAUGUGUUUAAGAUAUUUACUUCAGUAUACGUAUUUUUUGCAGGUUUGCAAUUUGCUGUUCUUGGUUUUGUAUGGCUUUAGGAAUGGAAAGUUUUUCUGUCAACAUUUAUUUAACAAUAUUUCUUAUAAAUCUUGUUGACUUACCGUCCGUUUCUAUCACAGCCCCUCUGGUAAACAGAUACGGGCGAAAGAAAUAUCUCGUAUUUGUUUCUUUAGCGUCCGGUAUACUGAGUGUUAUUUCAGGAAUUUUGCAGUAUUACGAUAAACUCUCCCAACAUUCAAUAACACUCACUACAAUUUCGUUGAUCGUUUCGCUUCUUGCAAAAAUGACAUUGACAACUGCAUACUAUGCUAUCAUUAUAUACACAAAUGAACUUUAUCCUACAGUAGUAAGGGGAAAUGGAUAUGGACUACUAUCAACAAUUGGAAGAGUCGGCUCUAUUGUUUCCCCGGUGUUGAUUUAUCUGGAUGGACUUCUACCUGGAAUAAUGUAUUUCAUUUGCGGAGUGAUGGUGUUUCUAUCAACUUGCUGUGUUAGACGUUUACAGGAAACAAAAGAUAUGAUAUUACUCGACUCAUUUUCACAUCAGAAAAAAGACGAUAAUUGUAAAUAAAAAUCAAACAUUGAUACUCCAUUUAAAACCUUUUUAUUUGAUAUUACUCGACUAAUGUUCACAUCAGGAAAAUGACGAUAAUUGUUUAUAAAAAUCAAACAUCGAUUCUCCAUUUCAAACCUUUUUAAUCAGGUACAUAAAUGACUCUUUCCUCUAUGAAAUUUUUAAGACAAAAUGCUGCCUUUUCGAGAUGGAUUAUUAUUUUAUAAUUAUGUUGUUGUUCAACAUUUGGAAAUUUGGAAAUAUUUUCUGAACUGUUAUAUACACUUGAAACACAUGAAUAACUAUUAUAAUGUAUUUCUCGGCUGUUGUUUUACUGCAUAUAUAAUUUGAAACUGACUUAAGUACUGCUUCGUAUAUAAUGGUGAAUUAUUUACUAUUGUUUAUAAUAAUCUAAAGCAUGAUGCAACUUACUUUUUAAAAAAUGUAAUUUUCUUUCCUUAAGCAAAACAAUUUGGCAUUUAUAAAUAUGAAACGUCUAAAAUUGCUCAUUUUAAGCAUUCAAAUGUUUACCUGUAGGGAAUAGGGCACUGACACGAGACAGCUUAAAUCUUCAGGACGUUUACUUAUCUGCUAUUAAAAUACAUCUUUUGCAUAAUUCUAUCAGUAAUUGUCAUAGUUCUUAUUCGAGAUGUGUGUAACAUUUAAAUGGCCUUCACUCAUGAUUUUUCACAUAAAAGGACCGCAAAUUGUUUUCCGAAACUUGUUUUUCGUUUCAUACAAUUUUCAUUUUUAUAAUGUAAAAUGACGAAACAAAUGAAACUAUUUACACUCAAA